AUGGAUCGCAUGGCCCUGGCAAUGGAACAAAUGGCUGAGUUCAUGAUGGCUCAGCAAGCCCAGAACCAAAAUCAAGGGCAACCGCAAGUUGACUUUGCUAAAGCUGUAGCAAGUAGACAACCACCGUAUUAUGCGGGAGAAAAAGAUCCAUGGGCAACAGUUGGACCCGAUCUUCUGCAAGACCCCGAUAUUAGCUGGGAAGAAUUCAAAGAAGAAUUAAGAGGACAAUUCUACACGGAGCGAAUCAAAGGAAUCAAGUGCAAGGAAUUCCUACGAUUGAAGCAAAAAGGAGCGACCGUCCAAGACUACUAUGACCAGUACGUGGAGCUGAUGAGGUUUGCUCAAGACAUUGUGCCUGAUGAGGCAAGUAAGGCAAGGAGAUUCGUUCGUGGACUGGGCUGGGACGUGAGAAGGGCAAUUGCACCAUUCAUGUGCUCUACUCUUAAAGAAGCGUACGAUAGGGCAUCGGAUCAUUAUCAAGUGUAUUUAGACCAACAAGAAGUCUACAGCAGAAAUAAAAGGAAAGCUGAUGAUAAGCAGGGGAAAUUCAGGUCGGAAAAUAAGAAAUCUAACCAGGGUGAAUCUAACCCAAAGCAAGGAGAGAAAAGGGGAGGAACAAAUCAGGAGAAACGUUCUGUUUGCCGGAGAUGUGGAAGGGACCAUCCCGGGGAAAAUUGUCAAGGCAUAAAGAUUAAGUGCUUCAAGUGUGGUCUCACAGGACAUAAGUACUAUGAGUGUCGAACCAGGGUAGAAAAUUUCCGAGACCACUCGCAGAAUACAAGUCAAGGAGGAGGAUUUAAUGAGAGCACCGGCCAGAAACCCACAGAAGCAGGAAAUAAGGGAGCUAGCUUUCAACAAGGAAAUCAUGGGAGACUAGUAAAUGCCGCUCCAGGUCCUAACCAGAAAGGAAAGUCACCUAUGGGAGAAAGCAGUAGGGAGAACCGAGGCAGAAUUUACAUCGUCAAUAGCACCCAAGCUCAGGCUAGCAACGUUGUGAUCGCGGGAUUCAACUAUCCCGGAAAUCUCAUUCGUUUUGAUCUAGAGGGCAUUGAUGUGGUACUCGGGAUGGAUUGGUUGGAUAGGUAUGAAGCUCAGAUAAAAUUGAGGAAGUACGUUCACAAGGGAUGUGAAGUAUACCUCUAUUUGGUGCAAGAUGAUGAGAUAGGAGAACCUGAGAUUAACCGAAUCCCAGUUGUGUGUGAAUUUCCCGAUGUGUUCCCAUAUGACCUCACAGAAAUGCCGCCGGAGAGGGAAGUGGAACAAGAGGUGAAAUUAUAUUACCUAUCGGCCACCCCAAUUCUAUUUGAAGAGAUCAAACAAGCACAAGGAGAGGACGAUUGGGUAAAGAGCAUCAAGGAGAAAAUGGUUGAUGGAAAACACGGUCCGUUUGAGUUACACCCAAAUGGGAGUGAAUGGCUCCUUAUGAAGCAUUGUAUGGACGGAAAUGUCAAAGUCCUCUAUGUUGGAGUGACAAAAGUGAUAUUGUCAUUCUUGGACCUUAGUACUUACAAGAGACUACUGAGGCAAUCAAGGAUAGGAAAUUUAGCCUAUCGAUUAGCCCUACCGAUCGAGCUCGACAGGGUACAUAAUGUAUUUCACGUUUCUCAGCUGAAACGAUAUGUACCUGAUGCAUCCCAUGUAUUGGAGCCUGAGGAAUUAGAAAUGGAUGAUUCGUUGGCAUAUGAAGAGAGACCAAUUCGAGUCUUGGACUCUAAAACCCAAGACACAAGGAGAAAAUCAGUCAGAAUGAUUAAAGUUCAAUGGUCGAACCACAGCCCGGAGGAAGCUACGUGGGAGUUGGAGGACGUUAUGAUGGAACGUUAUCCUGAACUGUUUAACUCAGGUGCGUAA